AUGUCAGGAAUGGACGCGCUGUUGGUGAACCGUAAUGAGACUGAAAUCUCUCCAAUAGACAAUGGGACCUUCCUCCGUUUCUCCCCAACCUCUGCUUCCACAUCUGCGGCUGCCUCAUCACCAGGACGUCCGGGCAACGUUUAUGUUUACGUGUGGAUCUUUUUCGGCCUGCUGGUAUUCCUCCUGACGCUGCUCAUCAUCUCCCUCCACAGGCUGAAAAACAUCAUCUCCUCCUCCUCGUCUGUCCCCGACUGCAGCAGCGAGGGAGGGAGCUCCUUCACCAACAUGGAAAUCUGUAGCAUCUCGUCCCAGAGGUCCACCAUCUCCUCACUGUCCACCUAAGGGAGAUGGGAUGGAGCACAUACAGACACAUAGACAUACAGUAUAUGUCCAUGUGCUUACAUGGUAAGCAUGCACAUACACAAAGCCCAUGGAGGUCCAGCGCCUUCUCACUGUGACAUACAAAUACAAAAACACUUUGUCAGCCACAAAGAAGCGGACAGCAUGGCAUUAUAGUACAUUCCGUGCAUGUAUAUUCUAAUUCCAGUGGUCCAGUGAGUCAGGUAUGUCCAUGCGAUUUGCAUAGGCACAGGUGAAAUAUAGCUCACAAUGUGAUGAAGAGGUAUUGAGGGGUGAGACUGACUGAACCCCUUUGAGCCUUAUUUCAACAACAAAGACAGAUGAACCUGAGAAACUGCUCUUCCUCAGCAGGAAAAAGCAUUGGAACUAUUGUCUUUCCUCACUGUUUUUGUAAAGGUAAUUUAUUGUAGUGUACCUGUCAUAUUUACUGUGGAACAAAUAAUAUUGCUUUAUAGUGCGUACAGCAUGUCUCAUAAUGUCUGUAGACUACAGUACAUUGCCAAAUCAGAAUUACAAUAAUA